GAAAAACAGCAAAUUUCAAAGAAACUUAGAUAUUUGUUGAAUACCUAUAACAAUAAAAUAAUAAUUUCCCAAUAUGGAAGAACAAGUGGAUCAAAUUUUAGAUAAAGUGAUGACAACGCCCGGAAAUCUAGGAUGUCUGCUGGCCAACAACCAAGGCUUAUGUAUUGGAGCCCGAGGUAAUGUUUCCGAAAAGUCUGCAGGCAUUAUUGUAGCGAUUUCCGAGCAAGCUGCCAAAUUGGAUCCUAACUGCAACGCUCCAGUUGUUUCAUUGGAAGUUGGUGAUCGGAUGUGUAUAAUACACAAAAAUGGAAUUACUGGUGCCGUUUAUAAAAAUAUUUAAAAUAGAAUAAAUUAAAUAAUUUUAAUUUUAAAAUUUGUUAAUUUGUUUUCGUUCAUACGUGGUAAACUAUUUUUUGGA